CUCAAUUUAAAAACAAAUGUGCAUGUGUAUUGAAUAUAUAUAAUACACACAACAAACAACAUAGUUUCACAAUUCGUCCCUGCAAAAUUUGUUCACACCCUAAAAUAUUGGAAGCUGCCAUCAUCAACAUGUCGCAAGUCCUCUACUCUCUAACGAUCGUCUUUGUUUUCUUCGCUUCGACAAACAUCCAGAAAACAUCAGGCAGUGCAUCAUCCUACUCCCAAAACCACAAAACGUUCGUGAAAACGGCUUGCAAUUCGACAACAUACCCCGACAAAUGCUACAAGUCCUUAUCCUCCUACUCAUCGAAUAUCAAAUCCGACCCGAUCAAACUAUGCACCACCGCGCUUAACCUCAACGUGAAAUCCGCAAAGGAAGCAACGUCCGUUGUCUCUAAGCUUCUCAAAAUGUCUCAGAAAUCAACCGCCGGACGAAAGGGUAAAAUGUUACCAGAGGCUCUUAUACUCAAGGACUGUCUCGAGGAGAUGAAGGACACAAUUAUUGAGCUCAAGCAAGCGAUCACGGAGAUGAAGAAUCUACAAGAUGGUGGCUCUAUGGCUGAGCAUAUAACGAACGUUAGGACGUGGGUGAGCUCGGCGUUGACCGACGAAGGGACUUGUACGGACGGGUUCGAGGAGGUGAAAGUGAAUAAAGAAACAAAGAAGAAGGUAAAUAAGGUUGUUGAGGAACUUGCAACGACGACUAGUAAUACUUUGGCGCUUAUUACGAAUCUACGUUACUAGCUUACGAAUAAUAAAAAUAAAAGUGAAGAAAGUUAUUAUUGAUGAAUUAUUACUACUCCUUGCAUGUGCAUGCGAUAAAUUUCUUGUGUCUAUUAUAUAUUAUUGUAUCAUGUUAAUGUUAGAGCUAAUUUAAGUUAAGCCAACUUGUAUGAUAUAUAUCACAUAUAUGUUUAUUAUGCUAAAGUAAAA